AUGGAGAAUAUCAUUGAUCAGAUCAAAUCGCUAGCACAUGACGCGGACGAGGGCAGUCGGAGGAAGAUUCUUGAUGGACUUCGCGAUCUUGCCUUGUCUCUUGAAACGCCGCAGGAUACAAUGCAAAGGAUUUCAUAUCUGCAUCUUCAACCUGCCUUGGUUCGAGUCGGUCUGGACUUGAACAUCUUCAAAAUCCUCGCCGAAAGUGAUCAUCCACUCAAUUUAGAUGAACUGGCUGCCAAGACAAAUGCAGCACCGACGCUUUUAGCCCGCGUUUUACGCUAUCUCGCGUCGGUCGGCACAAUCAAGGAGACUGCAGACAACACAUUCACCGGUAAUAAUAUUACUAGAUCUCUGAGUGACGAAGGUAUUGGUAGCGCCAUAUACCACAAUGUGAACAUCGUUGCUCCUCCAAUCUUCGCUCUUCCGGACUUUUUGGCAAAGAACAAAUAUCAAGACAUUACAAGUUCGGUCAACACACCUUUACAACAGGCUUUCAACACUGAUAAACCGGCAUUUGUCUGGGCCCAGACGAAACCGGAACUGUUUGUUCAUUUUAACAAGUUCAUGGAGGCAGAACAACGUGGGAUGCGUCGAUGGUUCGAUGUAUUUCCGAUCGAAGAUAAAUCCAAGAACUUGAGCCCGGACCAAGCCUUAUUUGUGGAUGUCGGAGGAAAUAUCGGUCAUCAAAGCGUGGCUCUGAAAAAGCGACUGCCCGACAUCGAAAAUGACAUAAUUGUGGAGGAUAUGGAAAUAGUUAUCCCGAACGUUAUACCAUUCGAAGGCGUCAUAACUGUCGUGUUUGACUUUUUCCAGCCCCAAGUGGUCAAAGGGGCUCGAUUCUACUACUUCCGCAGUAUUCUGCACGAUUGGGCCGACGAGAAAGCAUUGAUAAUACUGAAGAAUACCAUUUCUGCACUGGGACCCGACUCCGCCAUUCUUAUUGACGAAAUGGUUCUGCCGAAUUCUGGGGUCCAUUGGCAUGCAACACAAGUCGAUAUGGCUAUGAUGUCCUCGCUCGCGUCAUUGGAACGGACUACUGAACAGUGGCAUACUCUCUUGGAAAAGGCGGGUCUCAGGAUUGUGGAGAUACACACAUACUCAGCUCGGUAUAACUCAAUCUUGGAAUGCGUGCCGGUAUAG